GGAUAGUGGGAGAUGUCCCUGCUUGUGGCAGGGAGUGGCGUUAGGUGACAUUUGAAGGUCCCUUCCACCCCAGUCUAUUAAAUAAUUCUGAUAUGUUCAUAAUAAACAUUUGCGUUACCAUCUAGUCUUGCACUAGAAUGUUUGGGUUUGUUUAAAUAAGGUAAGAGACUUCUCCUUUUCAAUUCCCCUUGAACUGGGAACAUUUGAAAAUGGGUACUAAAGAACUCCACCAGUAAUGUUGUGUUUGGAGUAUCUAUUUCUAACAAGCUGCUUUCUGAAGCUUUUCAAGAAAGUGACUUUGUAUUUGCUGUAGCUCUUAAAUGUCAGAAUCCUUAUGUUACUCUCAAAGUAUAUUGUUACCCUCGCAAAUAAGAGUGAUUUCCCCAUCUCAAAAUGUACUUCAAAUAAAUAGAGAAUAAAACCAAUGAAGAAGAAAACUCUAGGUACUUCUUUAGGCAGCCGUAAUCAGACAGCAAUUCAGGCCCACACCUCUUCUGUUCUCUUCCCCAAAUAGAAAUGUAAUGCAAGGUUCUGUGCUGCAAUCCUGCUCCAAGUGCCAUGUGGUGAUUUCCAAAAGUUAACAGUGAAAAACGUCAAGGUUUCAAGUACCUGGUUUUCUAAAUAAAACACAAACUUUUUCAUUGGAGCUGCAUGCAGCAUGUUUCAGAGUGCUACUGUUGAUGUCUGUUAUUUGUAUUUAACAGUAUUUUCCUGUUGCGGCUUUGCUAAUCAGUUUGUUGGUGAUGUCUUUUCAGAUUACAUCAGACAUGACUAUGUGAAUAACCAGGGAUAACCCAAAGGCAGGAAGGAUGUCAGAAUAACAUACUAAACAUUUUUGAGGGUGAGGCCAGCAAACCAUGCAGUCAUCAGGGCACCGUUUCCGCGAUGUCGAGCACCACCCGCUCCUGGCCGACAAUGACAGCUACGACUCCUCCUCCUCCUCUUCGGAGGCUGACAUGGCUGAGAGGGUCUGGUUCAUCCGGGAUGGCUGUGGCAUGGUCUGUGCCGUCAUGACCUGGCUCCUGGUGGUCUAUGCAGACUUUGUAGUGACUUUUGUCAUGUUGCUGCCUUCCAAAGACUUCUGGUACUCCGUGAUCAACGGGGUUCUCUUUAACUGCUUGGCAGUGCUGGCUCUGUCGUCGCAUCUGAGGACUAUGCUCACUGAUCCAGGGGCUGUGCCCAAAGGAAAUGCCACUAAAGAAUACAUGGAUAAUUUGCAACUGAAACCAGGAGAAGUGAUCUACAAAUGUCCCAAGUGCUGUAGUAUCAAACCUGAGCGUGCACACCACUGCAGUAUUUGCAAGCGAUGCAUCCGAAAGAUGGAUCAUCACUGCCCAUGGGUGAACAAUUGUGUGGGGGAGAAAAAUCAGAGAUUCUUUGUUCUGUUUACGAUGUACAUAGCCCUAAUUUCAGCUCAUGCUCUUGUACUCUGUGGAUUUCAGUUCUUCUCCUGUGUCCGAGGGCAGUGGACUGAGUGCAGUGACUUCUCUCCACCUGUAACUGUGAUCCUGAUGAUCUUCUUGUGCCUUGAGGGUUUUCUGUUUCUCACUUUCACUGCAGUCAUGUUUGGCACCCAAAUCCACUCAAUAUGCAACGAUGAAACGGAGAUUGAAAGACUCAAGAGUGAAAAGCCAACGUGGGAGCGCAGGCUCCGCUGGGAAGGGAUGAAAUCUGUUUUUGGGGGCCAGCCCUCCCUGCUGUGGAUCAACCCCUUCGCAGGAUUUCGGAUCAGGAGGCUGCUACUGCGAGGAAAGAAAGGAGGACCUGAGUUCUCUGUUUGAGUCUAAAUAUGCUGGAACUUGCAAGAAUCCUAUAUAGUAUUUAUUUUGGGGCCAGAGAAGGCUGUCUACAUAUAGUCUGUGACCAGGUGAAACUGAUAUCAGACAUUUGCUUGUAGCAAGCAGAGUUUUCUACGUUUAUUGUCACAGACAUCUCAUUAAUUCCGAGACAGGAACUGGAUCUGCCAUGAUCUUCACAGCAGGAUAAGCACGUGGUCACACUAAAGAAGCCAAAUGUUGUCAUGCUACUCUAAUUUAUUUUCUGAGAUUACUUCCCCUUUUUUUUUUUUUUUGUUCAACUCUUUUUAUUUGAUAAAUGUCUGGGGAAUUACCUGUGUGUUUUUCUAAUGAGUCCAAGUCCUUGGAUGCAGUUGUCAAUCAUUAGGAGGAGCGUGCUGGUGGAAGUUGAUCUCCAGCCUUCUCAGUCCAGAUUUCAGGGAAUUGUGCUUUGUUCACUUCUCCUUUUUCUUUCAGCUUGUCCCUGUGUCCCACACGUUCCUCCUGUGCAGGUGAUGCCCAGGACCCCCCCUGGACAAACAGGGGGUAAUUCACUGCAAACACUUUGUCCUUGUAGGGUCUUGCUCUGCCCCUUUUUUACUGUACAGACUUUGCAUAGAGGGAAAGUUGUUCGUGAUCCCUUGGACAAAGCAGAGAAAGAUGCAACUUCCCUCCUUUUUCAAGUACAGCACAUCUUAAAUGUAGAAACAUCUGCAAUAGAACGAGUUGUUUUGAAUUUAACUAUUUCCAACCAAAACUACUUUGAAGAAACCAGAGCAAUAUAGAUCUAGAGUUGCUUCAUGUGGGCCUGACAAACAACAGUAGUGCUAAAAAAUGUUAAUAAAUCUGCAAGUAAUGAAAUACAAGCUGCAAGUAAUAAAAAUCCAGCUAAAAGUUGAUUUGUUAAAAAUGACAUUUAGACUAUUUUUUUUGUAUUAUUGUUAACCUAUAAAUGACUGACCAUAUAAAGGAUAAAGCAGGAGCCUUGAUGCAUAGCUUGAAAUCGUGCCUAGAAAGUAAAUAGCUCCCUGUUUUGGGACUUGCCUUAAAAUUGUCCUGUUCUUGCUUUUGCUCAGCCAGUGGCACUGGUGACCUGUCCCACCUCAAGCAGCUCAGAGCCCUGCAUCCCACCCCACCCUCUGUGCCCUGCAGGAGCUGUUCCCUUUCUCAGUGCCCUGCUUCCCCAUCUCUUCCUGGCAUCCCAUCCCAGCUCCAUCAGUUUCUGUUCCACGGGCUGGCUGAAGGGACUGAGGGAUCCAUUUCUUGUCUGUGCCCUGUGAACAAAACUGUGCAAUACUUUGGGGUAUUUUUGCUUGGGGGAGGGUGGUGCUGUGGAAUGCUGGAGCCUUCCUAGGUGGGAAUCCACUGGAAUUUCUGUGAACAAAACUGAGGGGGAAGCUGGAAGUUCCACAGGAUUCUGUGCAGAUUCAGUUGCACACCUUAAAGAUUGAGGAGAAAAAAAAAAAGGUGUCUGGCUUUGUCCCAAGGCUCUUACUGUGUAUAUUGUUCCAUGAGAAAAUCAGAAAAUAGCACUCCAGGUGGUUGAACCCUGUGACUUGGCAAAUGUGUGCGUGUGAAAUCCGGUUUACUCGGCUUUUCAAAUCCUUACGUUGUAAUUUUUUUUUUAAUGUACAAAAGAAUAAACUAAUGAAUUGAAGUCU